AUGUAUAAAGAACAGAUGCAGGAAAAGAAGCAUGAACAGGACAAACAAGAAUAUGUGGUUGAAGAAAAGUCUCAUCUGUUUGACAAAGAGGUGACUCCUAGUGAUGUAGGGAAGCUUAACAGAUUAGUGAUUCCCAAGCAGCAUGCAGAGAGAAACUUCCCUCGGGAAUCACAGAUCAAGGACAAGGAUGAAAGUCUGGUUUUUCUAGAUGUUGAGAACAACAAAGAAUGGGAGUUUAGAUACUCCUUCUGGAAGAGCAGCCAGAGCUAUGUUCUCACCAGAGGAUGGAGCAAAUUUGUCAAAGAAAAAAGACUUGAAGCAGGAGAUAUUGUUUCCUUUCAGAGGUGUAAUGCCACUGGCAGGCUCUAUAUUAGUGUCAGCCAUCGUUACAGAAGAGAUACUGUUUCUGCAGACAUCAGCUACCAACAGAUCAUUGGAAGACCAGCCAACUUUCCUUAUCCUUCUGCAGCUUUUGGCCGGUCAGAAUUUUGGGUUCUUGUGAAUGGUAGGCCAAUGCAAUUUUAUAAUAACAAUCCAGGGCUAGUUAAUUAUGUUCCACUUCAUAUGGGUUACUCUUCAAGAGGCCUGCAUGGCAUUUCAAAUGCAGGAGGAAUCGUUUCAACUAAUGACACUGCCAGGGAUUUCAGAGAACAGAGAUUCUUCCCUGUGCAUGGAAGAAGUGUAGCUGAAGAUAAUGGAAUGGGUCUUGCAGCUAAUGGUGGUUCCAAUAGUGUUAGAUUAUUUGGUGUUGAAAUUGGAGCCUCUAUACCUGAUUCAGAUUGA